CCUGCCACAAGAGGUUCUCGGGAGGAAGUGGGGCUGCAGCCGGCAGCCUGGUAGCUCAGCACUCGGCAGGGAUGAGAAGCCAGGAGCACGGGAGGGGCGGCCCGAGGCAGAGCCUGGACUGGGUGGGCAGAGGCAGCCGGAAGGUCUUGCGCAUCUGGUUCAGCAAGAUGUCGGUGAAGGAGGGCGCGCAGCGCAAAUGGGCAGCGCUGAAGGAGAAGCUGGGGCCCCAGGACUCGGACCCCACGGAGGCCAACCUGGAGAACGCAGACCCCGAGCUCUGCAUCCGGCUGCUGCAGAUGCCGUCGGUGGUCAACUACUCGGGCCUGCGCAAGCGGCUGGAGGGCAGCGACGGCAGCUGGAUGGUGCAGUUCCUGGAGCAGAGCGGCCUGGACCUGCUGCUCGAGGCCCUGGCGCGCCUGUCGGGCCGCGGCGUGGCCCGCAUCGCCGACGCCCUGCUGCAGCUCACCUGCGUCAGCUGCGUGCGCGCCGUCAUGAACUCACAGCAGGGCAUGGAGUACAUUCUCAGCAACCAGGCCUACGUCCGCCAGCUCUCCCAGGCUCUGGACACAUCCAACGUGAUGGUCAAGAAGCAGGUGUUUGAGUUGCUCGCCGCCCUGUGCAUCUACUCGCCUGAGGGCCACGCCCUGGCCCUGGACGCCCUGGACCAUUACAAGACGGUGUGCAGCCAGCAGUACCGCUUCAGCGUCAUCAUGACGGAGCUGUCGAGCAGCGACAACGUGCCGUAUGUCGUCACCCUGCUCAGCGUGAUCAACGCCAUCAUCCUGGGCCCCGAGGACCUGCGUGCCCGCACCCAGCUGCGUGGCGAGUUCAUCGGGCUGCAGCUGCUAGACGUCCUGACACGGCUUCGGGACCUGGAGGACGCAGACCUGCUGAUCCAGCUGGAGGCCUUCGAGGAGGCCAAGGCGGAGGACGAGGAGGAGCUGUUGCAGGUGUGCGGGGGCAUCGACAUGAACAGCCACCAGGAAGUCUUUGCCUCCCUGUUCCACAAGGUGAGCUGCUCCCCGGCGUCUGCCCAGCUGCUGUCCGUGCUGCAGGGCCUCCUGCACCUGGAGCCCAGCCUCCGCUCCAGCCAGCUGCUCUGGGAGGCCCUGGAGAGCCUGGUGAACCGGGCCGUGCUCCUGGCCAGUGAUGCCCAGGAAUGCAGCCGGGAGGAGAUGGUCCAGCGGCUCCUGUCUGUGAAGGGGCGGCCCCGCCCCAGCUCCUUGGACAAGGCCCACAAGAGUGUCCAGGCCGACCUAGGCCUGAGCCAAAGCGGCAGCUCCCUUCAAAACACGGGCGCCCCAAAGGCAGACGUGGAGGUCCAGCAGCCAGCAGUGACCCUCGCCGGCCUGCACGCUGACCGUGCCCGGAGCUCGAGCAGUGAGCCGCCGGCAGCCUUGGAAGGACAGAUGCCCACCCCACCCCUGCCUGCAUCCACCAGUCCCGGCUCUGCCACCGGGUCCCCUCCCCCUCCCCCUCCCCCACCCCCACCCCUGCCUGCAUCCACCAGUCCUGGCUCCACCACUGGGCCCCCUCCCCCACCCCCACCACCCCCACCCCUGCCAGGCUCAGGGACCUUGUUCCCCCCACCCCCUCCACCACCCCCACUGCCUGGUGCUAGUGGGACCUUACCCCCCGCCCCUCCUCCACCCCCGCCCCCACCCCUGCCAGGCCUGGGGACCUCGUUCCCCCCACCCCCUCCACCACCUCCAUUGCCUGGUCUUAGUGGGACCCUACCGCCCGCACCUCCACCACUCCCAGGCAUGGGGUGCCCACCCCCACCCCCACCCCUGCCGGGCAUCUCUGGCCCCCCUGCCGUGGGUGGCGUAGAGGAGAUCAUUGUGGCCCAGGUGGACCACCGCCUGGGCUCCACUUGGGUUCCCAGCCACCGGCAGGUAAACCCACCCACACUGCGCAUGAAGAAGCUGAACUGGCAGAAGCUGCCAUCCCACGUGGCACGAGAACACAGCUCCAUGUGGGCCUCGCUGAGCAGCCUGGGAGCCGAGGUGGAACCUGACUUCUCCAGCAUCGAGCAGCUCUUCUCCUUCCCUGUGGCCAAGCCCAAGGAGCUGGCGGCAGCCCCGGCCAGGAAGGAGCCCAAGGAGAUCACCUUCCUGGAUGCCAAGAAGAGCCUGAACCUCAACAUCUUUCUGAAGCAGUUCAAGUGCUCCAACGAGGAGGUCACUGCGAUGAUCCGUGCGGGGGACACCACCAAGUUCGAUGUGGAGGUGCUCAAGCAGCUCCUCAAGCUCCUUCCGGAGAAGCACGAGAUUGAAAACCUCCGUUCAUUCACCGAGGACCGAGCCAAGCUGGCCAGCGCCGACCAGUUCUACCUCCUCCUGCUGGGCGUGCCCUGCUACCAGCUGCGGGUGGAGUGCAUGCUGCUGUGUGAGGGCACGGCUGUGGUGCUGGACAUGGUGCGCCCCAAGGCCCAGCUGGUGCUCGCCGCCUGCGAGAGCCUGCUCACCAGCCACCAGCUGCCUGUCUUCUGCCAGCUGAUUCUGAGGAUCGGGAACUUCCUCAACUACGGCAGCCACACCGGGGACGCCGAUGGCUUCAAGAUCGGCACGCUGCUGAAGCUCACGGAGACCAAGUCCCAGCAGAGCCGUGUGACGCUGCUGCACCACGUGCUGGAGGAGGCGGAGAAGAACCACCCAGGCCUCCUGCAGCUGCCCCGAGACCUGGAGCAGCCCGCCCAGGCAGCAGGGAUCAACCUGGAGAUCAUCCGCUCAGAGUCCAGCAGCAACCUGAAGAAGCUCCUGGACAUGGAGCGGAAGGUGGCGUCCUCCGUCCCCGAGGUGCAGGAGCAGUACGCCCAGCGCCUCCAGGCCAGCAUCGAGGCCUCCCAGGCGCUGGAGGAGCUGUUCGAGGCCAUAGAGCAGAAGAAGCUGGAGCUGGCCAACUACCUGUGUGAGGACGCCCAGCAGCUGUCCCUGGAGGACACGUUCAGCACCAUGAAGACCUUCCGGGACCUGUUCAUCCGAGCCCUGAAGGAGAACAAGGACCGGCAGGAGCAGGCAGCCAAGGCCGAGAGAAGGAAGCGGCAGCUGGAGGAGGAGGAGGCCCGCAGGCCGCGGGGCGAGGACGGGAAGCCUGUCAGGAAGGGAGGCAAGAAGCAGGAGGAGGUGUGUGUCAUCGACGCCCUGCUGGCCGACAUCAGGAAGGGCUUCCGGCUGCGGAAGACGGCCCGGGGCCGAGGGGAUGGAGAAGGGGGCAGCAGGCUGGCCACCACAGACCCCCCGAGGGACAGAGCACCUGCGGCCUCCAGUGACCCCGCGGGAGGCCCCAGCUGCCCCGCCUCUGGGCCUGGUCUUGACGUGGCGGCAGCCAGGCAGCCUCAGGACUGGGACCUCGUGGACGCCACCACCCCCAGCCCGGAGCCCACGGGAGCCCCGUCGGAGGACAACCCCCCACCCCAGGAGAGGCGCUCCUCCUGGUACGUCGAUGCCAGCGACGUCCUGUCCACGGAGGACCUCCCGGGUGCCCAGCCCCCUGCAGCAGCGUGGCCGGUGGCACUAGGGGAUGCGCAGGCCCUGAAGCCCCUCCAGUUCUCCACUGACAAGCCCACUGGGGCUCUGGGUUCGAGCCAGGAUGCUGAGGACCUCACAGGCCCCCAGGGCGUCUGCCAGGCCGAAGCUGACAGCACAGGAGAGGGGCCGCAGGACAGAGCCGCCCGCGGCCAGGGAGCGGGCUGUCCCACAGCAGGCCCUGGCGGGGACGGGGACAAGCCGGACAUGGCCCAGGAUUCUGCUCUGGACACGUCCCUGGACACGUCCCUGGACAGGUCCUUCUCUGAGGACUCAGUGACCGACUCCUCAGGGUCCAGCACCCUCCCCAGGGCCCAGGGCCGGGCCUCGAAGGGGACGGGCAGGCGAAGGAAGAGGCGCCCGCUGCGGACCCAGGAAGAGGUCGCCCCUGACUCUGACGAUAGUAAAACAAAAAGAUUCUGUGUGAUCCAGUAAGGCCUCAGGCCCAAGCCCAAAGCCAACUGAGGGGCCCCGCGGGCGACCCCUGCACAGAAGUGGGCCGCCGUACACACUGCUGAGCGGAGGGAGCAUCCGGAGCCAGACUGGGACUGGGCCCUGGGAAACGGAACUUGUGCCUUACCCAGCCAGGGACGUGGCCUCCCGAAGCCGGCUGGGGUGCCGUGGCCGGGACCCCGCAGGCACCAGGCCAGCCCGCCUGGCACCUUCCUGGACGGCCCGCACGCCCCAGCCCUCACGAUCUGCUUUCCGAAGCUGCGGCCGCCCCGCAUGCGCAUGGUACCGCCUGCGGAGGGUGCGGUGGCUGCGUCCCCAGCACCCCCAAGCUUGCACCUGCUUUCCAGUGCCCUGGAGACAGCUCCGUAUAGACCCUCCCCCGAAGCCGUGGGAGCCAGGCAGGGCUGGAGCCCCCAGUGCCUUCCCACUGGACCCCGUUCUCCCUCCCCUGCCCUGCCCCCCAACAUGCUCAGCUGGGCUGGAACAGAGUGAUUUUAACGAAAACAUGACUGUGCUGCUGCUGUUUGUGCUACCUCGGCUGGGCAUGGUGGGUGGGUGAAGGACCCUAGGCCUUGGGCAGAAGCAGGCUAGUGGGCAGGA